UGUUUACAAAUUAUUUAGAUAUUUAGGGCGUUUAACCUCAAAUAUUUUCAAAGUGUGUAUCCUACAAAUUUAUAGCGAAUGCAUAUAAUUAAGAAAGUGAUGGAAAACAGCAUCAACUUAGUUAGCAUAAAGGAAGAACCAUGUGAUACUGGGUCAAAUGCCGGCGACGGUUCUGCUUCCGAUUCGGUGAACUACUGCAAAGACAAAAAAGUGGAAACAUUGCCAUUUCAUGAAUUAUCCGUUAAACAUAAAAAUGAGAAUGUGACGCUUCAGGAGAGGUUAGAUAAAAAUAUAAUCAUAGAUUUUGAGUGCAAAGAUGUUAAACUUGAAGUACCGUCUCUGUGGACAACUAUAUGCAAAUCUGAGUAUCCAAAUUGUCAAGAAAAAUAUCAAUCGAACAAUGAUUAUAAAGAAGAUAGAAUAUUUAGAAGAAAAAGUAAAUUAUUUCACGAGAACAAAAGGUGCCAAAAAACGUAUGAAGGAAAAGUUGAUCAACAAAGACAUAUCAACAUGACAGUUGAAAGCAUUAGAUCAUAUAAAUGUAAAAUUUGCCAGAAAUCAUUUCGAUACCGGUAUGCACUCAAAUAUCACAUUAAUGCAGUACACAUCAGCAGCGAACCCUUCGAAUGUGAUGUUUGUUAUAAAUCGUUUGGGCUAAUACAUAACCUUAAACGUCACAUUAAUGCAGUACACAUCAGUAGAAAACCCUUCCAGUGUGACAUUUGUCAUAAAUUAUUUGAGCAAAAAAGUGUUCUUAAUACUCACAUGAAUGCAGUACAUGAUCGCAGCAAACCCUUUGAGUGUGAUAUUUGUCGCAAAUCAUUUGGACGAAAAGGUGACCUCAAACUUCACGUUAAUACAGUACACGAUCUUAAUAAACCUUUCGAAUGUGAAAUUUGUCACAAAUCAUUUGGACAAAAAAUUAACCUUAAAAGUCAUAUAAUUACAGUACAUGAUCGUAAAAAACCAUUUGAAUGUGAGAUUUGCCACAAAUCAUUUGGACAAAAACAACACCUCAAAACUCACUUGAAUACAGUCCAUGUUCGUAGCAAACCCUUUGAGUGUGACAUUUGUCAUAAAUCAUUUGGGGAAAAGGGUACCCUCAAAAUGCACAUAAACGCAGUACAUGAUCGCAGCAAACCCUUUGAGUGUGAUAUUUGUCGCAAAUCAUUUGGACGAAAAAGUGUCCUCAAACGUCACUUUAAUACAAUACACGAUCUUAAUAAACCUUUCGAAUGUGAUAUUUGUCGAAACCAUUUGGACAAAAAAAUGACCUCGAUAAACAUAUAAGAACUGUACAUGAUCGAAGCAAACCUUUUGAAUGUGAUAUUUGUCACAAGACCUUCUGCUCCAAGAGCAACCUCACUAUUCACAUAAAUUCAGUACACAAUCGUAGCAAACCCUUUGAAUGUGAGAUUUGUCACAAAUCAUUUGGACAAAAAAUUACCCUUCAGCGUCACGUAUAUGGAGUACAUGAUCAUAGCAAACUCUUCGAGUGUGAUAUUUGUCGCAAAUCAUUUGGACGAAAAAGUGACCUCAAAACUCACAUUCAUCCAGUACACAAUCAGAAUAAACCCUUUGAAUGUGAAAUUUGUCACAAAUCAUUUGGACAAAAAAAUAACC